AUGUUUUUUAAGAACUUGAAGAACAACGCCUACCAAUCUCGUUUCCAAACUCCAUUCAGGAGAAGAAGAGAAGGUAAGACCGAUUACUACCAAAGAAGAAAGUUGGUCACCCAACACAAGGCUAAGUAUGCUUCUCCUAAGUACAGAUUAGUGGUUAGAUUCACCAACAAGGACAUCAUCUGCCAAAUUGUUUCUUCUCAAAUCACUGGUGACAUCGUUUUGGCCGCUGCCUACUCUCACGAGUUGCCAAGAUACGGUAUCACCCACGGUUUGACUAACUGGGCUGCUGCUUACGCUACCGGUCUUUUGGUCGCUAGAAGAGUUUUGCAAAAGUUGGGUCUUGACAAGGUCUACCCAGGUGUUGAAGAAGUUGAAGGUGAAUACAACUUGACCGAAGCUGUGGAGGAUGGCCCACGUCCAUUCAAGGUUUUCUUGGACAUUGGUCUACAAAGAACCACCACUGGUGCUCGUGUCUUCGGUGCUUUGAAGGGUGCUUCCGACGGUGGUCUUUACGUCCCACACUCUCCAAAGAGAUUCCCAGGUUUCGAUUUCGAAUCUGAAGAAUUGGAUGCUGAUCUAUUGAGAUCUUACAUCUUCGGUGGUCACGUCUCCCAAUACAUGGAAGAAUUGGCUGACGAUGAUGAAGAAAGAUACCAAGAAUUGUUCAGAGGUUACAUUGCCGAUGACAUCGAUGCUGAAUCCGUUGAAGAAAUCUACCAACAAGCUCACGAAGCUAUCAGAGCUGACCCAUCUUUCAAGCCAACUGAAAAGAAAUUCUCCAAGGACCAAUACGCUGCUGAAUCCAAGAAGUACAAGCAAAGAAAGUUGUCCAAGGAACAAAAGCGCGAACGUGUUGCUGCCAAGAUCAACCUUUUGGCUGCUGCUUCUCAACAAUAA